AUGGCCGACAAAGAGUCUAUAUGGAUGUACAACCCAUCCUUUGCCCUCGCCAUCAUCGGUACCAUCGUCUACAGCAUCAUCUUUCUUGUCAUCUCCUAUCUCACCCUCAUCAAGUACCGAGCUUGGUUCUUCAUUGUCGUUGUCAUCGGCUCUGCAAUCGAGGUUGCCGCGUAUAUCCUCCGGUCAUAUUCUGCAAAGAACCAGUCCGAGAUAGGCCCCUUUGUUAAUACUCUCACCUUUACCGUGCUCGCCCCCGUCUUCAUUGCAGCCGGCAACUACCUCCUCAUCAGCCGUCUCAUCCUUGCCGUACUUCCUCCUUCGCGGCACCGAAUUCUCAAGAUCCCGGGUCGACGCCUCACGCCCAUCUUUGUCGCUUGCGAUAUCGUCGCCUUUCUCGUCCAGGGCAGCGGCUCUGGCAUCGCAAGUUCCGACAACUGGCAGGGUCAGAUGGAAAAGAUUGGCCGAAACGUCCUCAUCGGAGGUCUAGCGUUCCAGCUCGUUGCUUUUUCCCUCUUCCUCUGCGUGUUCCGUCGAUUCCAUGUCCUGGCGAAUCGGAUGGCUGUCGAUGGUGCCCCUAACGGCUGGCAAAAGGUGGUGUUGGCGGUAUAUGUAUCCAGUUCCCUGAUCAUGGUUCGCUGCAUCUACCGGGUUUGCGAAUUCGCCGAAGGAAUGAACGGUUACGCGUUCCGAACCGAGUGGCUAUUCUGGGUUUUUGAAAGCUUGCCCAUGAUCGGCGCCAUUGGUAUCUUUUGCAUCUAUCACCCAAGCCGCUAUCUUGGAAGGGAUGGUGCUCGUCGCAAGGCUGUUGGCUCUCGGGACAGCGUUGAAUUCGUUGAGAGACGAUGA